GUGAGCUUCCGUCACCACAUCUGAUCUUCAUCCCUCCACCAUCUCUGCUCCCACCUCAGCGUGCACCCUCACCAUGUUCCCCACUCGUGUCUUGCGGAUGCAGGCCUCUCGGCCUUUUGCUUUCCCUACUCCUAAGGAGCCCAACAGCGCUCACACUAUCUCCCAGCGUCUGCGCACCCUCAAGAGGGUCCCCCCGGAGUUGAUUCCUCUCGGUAUCGUCCUUGGCGUCGCUGUUGGAGCUGCUAUCUACUCCAGCGGCAGGAAGCUCAUGACCGACAAGACUCUUCGUCUUAGCCGCAACAGCCCUGAGAGCCGUGAGCACUAAAGUGUAUUACCAUAUUUCAAUUGCAAUGGCGAUCCUUGGUGUGAUUUUUGUCGGCGGUCUGUAUUAUUCACGGGAAAUUUGAUGUCGCUGGAGAAAUUGAAACUUUUUCUUAAAAAAAAAAAAAACUCGGUUGGAGCGCGUGUAUAUAGUACGGCUUGAACGGAGGGUU